AUGAACUGCACUGCAUUUGCUGAUGAGCUGUGUGAAGGCCUGAAGAUGUAUUGGGAAGGUCUGACCUUGAGGUUUCAUCGGGUGAUUGCUCUUGAUUUCUUAGGCUUUGGCUUCAGUGACAAACUGAGACUGCAUCACUAUUCCAUAUUUGAGCAGGCCAGCAUCGUGGAAGCUCUUUUGAGGCAUCUGGGGCUCCAGAACUGCAGGAUCAACCUUCUGUCUCAUGACUGUGGAGAUACUGUUGCUCAGGAGCAUCUCUGCAGGUACAAGCAGAAUCGAUCCGGUUGGCUUACCAUAAAGAGUCUCUGUCUGUCAAAUGGAGGUCUCUUUACUGAGACUCACCUUCCACUCCUUCUCCAAGAGCUACUCAAAGAUGGAGGUGUGCUGUCACUCAUCCUCACCCAACUGAUGAACUUCUUUGUAUUCUCCCGAAGUCUCUUACAGUACAUCAAUCAAAGGAAGAAGUUCAGAAGAUGCUGGGUGGGAGUUCUUGCCUCUGUAACUAUCCCCAUUCAUUUUAUCUAUGGGCCAGUAGAUCCUGUAAAUCCCUAUACAGAAUUUUUGGAGCUGUACAGGAAAAUGCUGCUGCGGUCCACAGUCUUGAUUCUGGAUGACCACGUUAGCCACUAUCCACAGCUAGAGGAUCCCAUGGGCUUCUUGAAUGUAUAUAUGGGCUUCAUCAACUCCUUCUGAGCUGGAAAGAGUAGCUUCCCUGUAUUACCUCCCCUACUCCCUUAUCUGUUGUGUAUUCUACUUAGGAAGAAAUGCCCAAAAGAGGUCCUGGCCAUCAAACACUAUUCUCUCACAAAGUCCACUUUACUCAAAUUGGUGAACAGUGUAUAGGAAGAAGCCAGCAGGAGCUCUGACUAAGGUUGAAAUCAUAGUCCACCUCCCAUUACUCUGACAUCUGAUCAAAUGUAUGGACUUGGCUUUGUUUUUGUGUUAUUGGGAAAUUCUGAUGAGUGUUACUAUUCACUGAUGCUGAAAGACGUUCUUUUGCAUAAAAGAUUUUUUAACA